GCUGGUGCAGAGCAACUCGUGCCAGCCAGUCGUGUCUCAGCCUCGGAGUGUGUGCGCACACCGCGGGCUGCCUCUGGCCCCAGCUCCCAAAACAGCUCCGCGCGCCGCUCCGCUCUACGUCCAGCUUCCUACUGAGAACAGUCCCUCCCUUGUGUCCGUAGCACCGUUAGCUGAAGGUUUGGCCACGUCAAAUCGGUUUUCUAAAAAAGCGGGGAGCAGAGCUCUCUCUUCGCCGACACAGAAAGAGGGAGCUGGGGAGGAAAGGUUCUUUGCGCUGGAGGAUCGUGGGCCAGGCUUCUCAUUUUCCCAGGCUGCUUCCACUCCCGGGUGAGGAGCGCCCCGCGAGUAAGGACAGCGUCUGGAAAAUGGAGCAGGCGUGGACAAGAGAUUAUUUUGCAGAAGAUGAUGGGGAGAUGGUACCUAGAACAAGUCAUGCAGCAGCUUUUCUUAGUGACACCAAAGAUCGAGGCCCUCCAGCACAGUCACAGGCCUGGAGAAGUGGUGAGAAGGUCCCCUUUGGGCAUUCCUUGAGAGCAUUCGAAAGACCCCUUCAGGUGCAGACCCAGGCUCUUCGAGACUUUGAGAGGCACCUCAAUGACCUGAAGAAGGAGAACUUCAGCCUCAAGCUGCGCAUCUACUUCCUGGAGGAGCGCAUGCAGCAAAAGUAUGAGGCCAGCAGGGAGGACAUCUACAAGAGGAACAUCGAGUUGAAGGUUGAAGUAGAGAGCCUGAAACGAGAACUCCAGGACAAGAAACAGCAUCUGGAUAAAACAUGCACUGAUGUGGAGAAUCUCAACAGCCAUAAUGAAGCUGAGCUCCGGCGCCAGUUUGAGGAGAGACAGCAGGAGACGGAGCAUGUUUACGAGCUCCUGGAGAAUAAGAUCCAGCUUCUGCAGGAGGAAUCCAGGCUAGCAAAAAAUGAAGCCGCACGGAUGGCGGCUCUGGUGGAAGCAGAGAAAGAGUGUAACCUGGAGCUCUCAGAGAAACUGAAGGGAGUCACCAAGGACAGGGAAGAUGUACCAGGAAACCGGGUCAAGCCCAACCAAUACACUGAGGCCCUGGCCCAAAGGGACAAGAGAAUUGAAGAACUGAGUCAGAGCCUGGCUGCACAGCAGAAACUUGCAGAACAGCUAUCUCAAGAGAAGCAACAACUGCUACAUCUGUUGGAGGAGCCAGCUGACAUGGAAGUGCAGCCCACGACCGAAGAGUUACUCAGACAACCAAAGCUGAAUUCAGGUGAGACCGGUACAACUCAGCAGGCUGUAUCUGAUUCCCAUUUGACAGAACUCCAGGAAAAAAUCCAGCAAACAGAGGCCACCAACAAGAUUCUUCAAGAAAAACUGAAUGAAAUGAGCUGUGAACUAAAGUCCGCUCAGGAGUCGUCUCAGAAGCAAGAUGGUACAAUUCAAAACCUCAAGGAAACUCUGAAAAGCAGGGAAAAUGAGACCGAGGAGUUGUACCAGGUGAUCGAAGGUCAAAACGACACAAUGGUAAAGCUUCGAGAAAUGCUGCACCAAAGUCAGCUUGGACAGCUUCGUAACUCAGAGGGUACUUCCCCAGCUCAGCAACAGGUGGCUCUGCUUGAUCUUCAGAGCGCUUUAUUCUGCAGCCAACUUGAAAUACAGAAGCUCCAGAGGGUGGUACGACAAAAAGAAUGGCAGCUGGCUGAUGCCAGACGACGUGUGCAAUUUGUAGAGGCUGCAGCACAGGAGAGAGAACAGCAGAAAGAGGCUUCUUGGAAACAUAACCAAGAAUUGCGAAAAGCCUUGCAGCAGCUACAAGGAGAAUUGCAGAGUAAGGGCCAACAGCUUCAUACCCUGGAGGCUGAAAAAUGCAAUGAGAUUCACGCCCAAGAGCAAUACAUUCAGCACCUCAACCACAGUCUGAGUCACAAAGAGCAGCUGCUUCAGGAAUUUCGGGAGCUCCUGCAGUAUCGAAAUAACUCGGACAAAACCCUUGAAGCAAAUGAAAUGUUGCUUGAGAAACUUCGGCAAAGAAUACAAGAUAGAGAUGUUGCUCUAGAGCGGGCUAUAGACGAAAAGUUCUCCAGUCUAGAAGAAAAAGAAAAAGAACUGCGUCAACUUUGUCUUGCCGUGAGAGAGCGAGAUCAUGACUUAGAGAGAUUGCGUGGUAUCCUCUCCUCCAAUGAAGCUACCAUGCAGUGUAUGGAGAGUCUUCUGAGGGCCAAAGGCCUGGAAGUGGAACAGUUGUCUGCCAGCUGUCAAAACCUCCAAUGGCUGAGAGAAGAAAUGGAAACGAAAUUUAGCCAUUGGCAGAAGGAGCAAGAAAGUAUCAUUCAGCAGCUACAGACAUCUCUGCAUGACAGGAACAAAGAAGUGGAGGAUCUUAGUGCAACAUUGCUCUGCAAACUUGGACCAGGACAGAGUGAGAUAGCUGAGGAGCUGUGCCAGCGUCUACAGCGAAAGGAAAGGAUGCUGCAGGACCUUCUAAGUGAUCGAAACAAACAAGCGGUGGAAUAUGAAAUGGAGAUUCAGGGCCUGUUUCAGUCCAUGAGCAGCAGGGAGCAGGAGAGCCAAGCUGCUGCAGAAAAGAUGGUACAGGCCCUAAUGGAAGGAAAUUCAGAAUUACAGGCCCUGCGCCAGUAUUUAGGAGGGAAAGAUUUCAUGAUGUCCCAGCCACUCAUCUCUAACCAACCAGCUGAAGUUACCUCCGUCAGUCCCCAUCUUGGAGAGCAAACUGAUCAAGGUUCAGUGCCUAUACCCUCCAGAGAUGAUAGCACUUCACUGACUGACAAAGGGGAUACUAGCAUACCCAGGUCUGCGUUAGGAGACUUGGAUACGGUUGUAGGGCUGGAAAAAGAACUGAGUAAUGCCAAAGAGGAACUUGAGCUCAUGGCUAAAAAAGAAAGAGAGAGUCGGAUGGAACUCUCUGCCCUCCAGUCCAUGAUGGCUGUGCAAGAGGAAGAGCUGCAGGUGCAGGCUGCUGAUAUGGAGUCCCUGACCAGGACAAUACAGAUUAAAGAAGACCUCAUAAAGGACCUGCAAAUGCAGCUGGUUGAUCCUGAAGACAUACCAGCUAUGGAACGCCUGACCCAAGAAGUCUUACUUCUUCGGGAAAAAGUUGCUUCAGUAGAAUCACAGGGUCAGGAAACUUCUGGAAACCGAAGACAACAAUUGCUGCUGAUGCUAGAAGGACUGGUAGAUGAACGGAGUCGGCUCAAUGAGGCCUUACAAGCAGAGAGACAGCUCUAUAGCAGUCUGGUGAAGUUCCAUGCCCAUCCAGAGAGCUCUGAGAGAGACCGAACUCUGCAGGUGGAACUAGAAGGGGCCCAGGUGAUACGCAGUCGGCUAGAAGAAGUUCUUGGAAGAAGCCUGGAGCGCUUAAGCAGGCUGGAGACCCUGGCCGCCAUUGGAGGUACAGCUGCAGGGGACGACACAGAGGAUGCGAGCACGGAGUUCACCGACAGUAUUGAGGAGGAGGCUGCACACAAUAGCCAUCAGCAACUCAUCAAGGUAGCUUUGGAGAAAAGCCUGGCAGCUGUGGAGACCCAGAACGUAUCUCUUGCCCCUCCGUCCACGACAGGAGGGGACAGUAACAGGGGUCUUCAGGAGGAAACGCUCCACCUGAGGGCUGAGAUUCACCAGCUCUUAGAGGAGAAGAGGAAAGCUGAGGGGGAACUGAAGGAGCUAAAGGCUCAAAUCGAGGAAGCAGGAUUCUCCUCUGUGGCCCACAUCAGGAACACCAUGCUGAGCCUUUGCCUUGAGAAUGCAGAGCUGAAAGAGCAGAUGGGAGAAGCAAUGUCUGAUGGAUGGGAGAUUGAGGAAGACAAGGAGAAGGGCGAGGUGAUGGUGGAGACUGUGGUUGCCAAAGGGGGUCUGAAUGAGAAUAGCCUUCAGGCUGAAUUCAGAAAGCUCCAGGGAAAACUGAAGAAUGCCCACAAUAUCAUCAACCUCCUCAAAGAACAGCUGGUGCUGAGCACCAAGGAAGGGAAUAGUAAACUUAAUCCUGAGCUCCUUGGGCACCUGGCCAGGGAGAUCGACAGAAUGAACACAGAGCUGGUUUGCUCUUCUGGAAAGCACCAAUGCCAAGAAGAGGAGAGUGUGACCAUGAGGCCUUGCCCCAGACCCCAGAGCCUUAACCUUGGGACUGCCUUCACAGCGGAUACCCACCAACUGGUCAACCGGCCCCAGGCCCGUAACUCUGGACCUCAGUCAGAAUUUAGCCUCCCAGGAUCCACCAAGCACCUGCGCUCCCAGUUGGCACAGUGCAGACAACGCUAUCAAGAUCUCCAGGAGAAGCUGCUGAUAUCAGAAGCCACUGUCUUUGCCCAGGCCAACCAGCUGGAGAAAUACAGAGUCAUGUUUACAGGUGAAUCCUUGGUGAAGCAGGAUAGCAAGCAGGUGCAGGUGGACCUCCAGGACCUGGGCUAUGAGACUUGUGGCCGAAGCGAGAAUGAGGCUGAGCGGGAGGAGAGCACCAGUCCUGAGUGUGAGGAGCAUGACAGCCUCAGGGAAACUGUCCUAAUGGAGGGGCUGUGCUCUGAGCAGGGACACCUGGGCUCCACACCGGCCAGCCCCCCUGGAAAGAAGCCUUUGGAGAGCCAGCUAGGGAAGCAGGAGGAGUUCCAGGCAUAUGGAAAGUCAGAAGACAUCUCUGUCCUAUGUAAGGACAUCAAAGAUCUGAAGGCCCAGCUGCAGAACGCCAACAAGGUCAUUCAAAACCUCAAGAGCCGGGUCCGGUCCCUCUCAGUUACAAGCGAUUAUUCAUCUAGUCUGGAGAGACCCCAAAAGCUGAAGGCUGUUGGUACCCUCGAGGGAUCUUCACCUCAUAGUGUCACUGAUGAGGACGAGGGGUGGCUGUCUGAUGGCACUGGGGCUUUCUACCCCCCAGGGCUUCAGGCUAAAAAGGAUCUGGAGAGUCUGAUCCAGAGGGUGUCCCAGCUGGAAGCCCAGCUCCCGAAAACUGGAACAGAAGGGAAGCUGGCCGAGGAGCUGAGAUCAGCCUCGUGGCCUGGGAAAUAUGAUUCCCUGAUUCAGGACCAGGCCCGAGAACUAUCCUACCUACGCCAGAAAAUACGAGAAGGGAGAGGUAUCUGUUAUCUUCUCACCCAGCAUGCGAAAGAUACAGUAAAGUCUUUCGAGGACCUCCUAAGGAGCAACGACAUUGACUACUACUUGGGGCAGAGCUUCCGGGAGCAACUUGCUCAGGGAAGCCAGCUGACAGAGAGGCUCACCAGCAAACUCAGCACCAAGGAUCAUAAAAGUGAGAAAGAUCAAGCUGGACUUGAGCCGCUGGCCCUGAGGCUCAGCAGGGAGCUGCAGGAGAAGGAGAAAGUGAUUGAAGUCCUGCAGGCCACGUUGGACGCGCGGUCCCUAACGCCCUCCAGCAGCCGUGCCUCCCACCGGUCUCCCAGCAGCUCUUCCUUCUCGUCUGAUGAGCCGGAAGCCUGCUCUGACAUGGACGUAGCCAGCGAGUACACACACUAUGAAGAGAAGAAAGCUUCACCUGGUCACUCAGAUUCCAUCCGUCAUUCGAGUCAUUCUGCUGUACUGUCUUCUAAACCAUCAGCAACCAGUGCAUCUCAGGGGGUUAAGGCCGAACCCAGCAGCAACCCCAUCAGCUUGCCAGCUCCCCAGAAUCCCCCCAAGGAGGCCAGCCAGGCCCACCCAGGUGUCAGCAAUGUUCAUCCUGCUUCCCCAGCCACAUUGCCGACCAACCAUUUAGAAGCCAGCUCUUCCCACUACCUCAACCCUGCCCAGCCCCUCUCUCCUCUGAGGGGCACCAUAGAACUGGGCAGAAUCCUCGAGCCUGGGUACUUGGGCAGCAGAGGCCAGUGGGACAUGAUGAGGCCUCAGAAAGGGAGCAUAUCUGGGGAACCGUCUUCAGGCUCCUCCAUGUACCAGCUUAACUCCAAACCCACAGGGGCUGACCUGCUAGAGGAGCACCUUGGUGAAAUCCGGAACCUGCGCCAGCGCCUGGAGGAGUCCAUCUGCAUUAACGACCGCCUGCGGGGGCAGCUGGAACACAGGCUCAGCUCCACCGCCCGCGGAAGCGGACCCACCUCUAACUUCUACAGUCCGGGCCUGGAGUCCACACCUCAGCUCUGCAAUGAGAACAGAGUCCUUAGGGAAGAAAACCAGAGGCUUCAGGCUCAGCUCAGUCAUGCUUCCAGAGAGCACUCCCAGGAAACAGAAUGCCUGAGGGAGGCUCUGCUGACCUCUCGAUCCCGGCUUCAAGAGCUGGAAAUGGAGCGGGAGCACCAAAAGGUGGAACGGCAGCAGCUUUUGGAAGACUUGAAGGAGAAGCAGCAGGAGAUCUUGCAUUUCGAGGAGGAACGACUAUCUCUCCAGGAGAAAGACUCCAGGCUGCAGCAUAAGCUGGCCCUCUUGCAGCAUCAGUGUGAAGAGAAACAGCAGCUUUUCCAGUCCCUCCAGUCAGAGCUACAGAUCUACGAGGCACUUUAUGGCAAUUCCAAGAAGGGGCUGAAAGCUUACACCUGGGAUGCCUGUCACCAAGUCCCUUUGAGCAGUGACUUGAGCCACCUGAUGGCAGAGAUCCGAGCUUUGAGAGGGCAGCUGGAGCAGAGCAUUCAUGUGAACAACUGUCUGCGACUACAGCUCGAGCAGCAGUUGGAUGGUGGUGCCAGCAAAACCAGCCUCAGCCCCUCCUCUGUUAACCAGAAAUUCCCCACCAACACUGACCCUGGAAACAAGCAGCUGCUCUUCCAAGAUUCAGUUGCCUCCCCUCCAGUUCGGGAUGUGGGCAUGAAUUCUCCACUUCUGGUCUUCCCCAGCUCUUCUUCUGCUGCUCAUGGCUCAGAGACCACAACCUUCAAUAGGACAAAUGAGCUGGGUUUGGAUGCUUCUCCAGUAAUGAAGAACCCUCCCAAGCUGGAGGGUGAUGCUACUGAUGGCUCCUUUGCCAAUAAGCAUGGCCGCCAUGUCAUUGGCCACAUUGAUGACUACAAUGCCCUAAGCCAGCAGAUUGGGGAGGGCAGACUGCUGGUCAAGAAGAUAGCGUCGCUCAUGAGAUCAACCUGCAACUUCCCUGGCCUUGAAGCUCCAGGCACAGAGGUGAUGAGUAGUGAAGGCAUCCACGAGCUCAGGAGCAGCGCCAACGCCCUUCACCAACGACUGGAGGAGUCGGCCUCCCUCCUCACCAUGUUCUGGCGAGCAGCCUUGCCAAGCUCCCACAGCCCUGCGCUGGACAGCAAAGCGGGUGAGUCCAUGAAAAGGCAGCUUCUGGAACUGAGAGCCAAACUAUCCAAACAGGAGAGUCUCCUUCAGAGCACAGCUGAGCAUCUGAAGACCGCCAACCAGCAGAAGGAGAGCAUGGAACAGUUUAUCUUCAGCCAGUUGACCAGGACACACGAUGUUUUGAAGAAGGCAAGGACGAAUUUGGAGAAGAACACUUACAAGAUUGCCUCUGUAAAACCUUAUUCCUGCCUCAGCAAAGGUGAAAUCCCUAAGGGCUCCGCCAUGCACUCCAGUCCUGUGACCCUUGCCUUCCAGGAGCCAAGCAAGAAGCGAAGCCACCAGAGGUCCUUAAAACUGCAGGGAGGAUGGGCCUGCCCCCCUUCUUUGCAGCUUCCUGUCUGCUGAGGAGGAUCUGGGUCCCACUCCUCCACACCUGCUAGAGGGUCUGAAAGGAGUUCGAGAUGUGGCCUGAUGGGGCAGGGCGAAAGGCAGAGGGCCUCUCCUGCAGUUGUUGAGGAAUAACCAGCCAUGGUCCACUGGGCCCAGCACUAAGCAAAACAGGCACAGUUUGUAGAGGACCUUGUGACACUGCUUCUGAACACCCCAGGGGUAUGGGAACCAGCAACAGCACAUUUCUCACCUUAUCCUCAGAGGGUCAACUCAGGGGAAACAGGACCUGCUUCCUAGCAAUGGAGCAUGUGGUCCCCACACUGGAGUUCCACGGCAGAUCGAAAAGCUCAGGACUGAGCAGCGGUGCCCUGCAGGACAGUGUUGGCAGACCUAACCUGGGCCAGCGAGCUGGGUCACAGUCAGGCUGGGGAUUGGUCUACACUGCAGCACCUGAGUUAUUUGAAUCCAUGUGGUGAGAGCAGUGAUUCCCAGAGGCCAUCUCAUGCUUAGCCUAGACCUCCUAUUUCUAUUCUAUUAUGAUCUCCAAAAAGUGUACUGACCUUACUCUAAAUAUGCUGUCCCACUUUGUCAUCCCAGCUUCUCUCUGGGAACUGGGGACUAAUGGCCACACCAAGCCCAUUGAAAGUCUUGUGUAAAGCAAAUCAGUGAUCAUUUUUAAGUGACAUGUGAGCAACCCCCAGUUGCUAAAGCCGAGUCUGUGUCUUCACAGUGCUUUAGAAUGUGUGUAUGUGUGUAUAAAUGUAUGAUAUAUAUUUAUAUAUGUUGCUAUAGCGAUAUGUUGAAGGCUAACAUAACUGGUGGAUAGGGUCAGUGGGAGGAAAUGAAACAGUCUUUUUGGUGGCUAUUA